AUGAUUUGGUACCAAUCUACGAAGUUCCGUCGAAGAUGAAGAUUCCAGCGAUACUUGUGACGUCCCUCAUUACUUGGGGACUAGCUAGCGGGGACCAUUUUGGGUCAAAAUCGGGAGCUUCCGCAUCCGCAUCUGCAUCUGCUAGUGCCAAAGCAGAUAGUAAGGAUAUGCGGAUAUUAGUACCUCUACUGAAGAAGGGUGAACAUCAUAAGGAUAUGAAAAUCGACAAGUCAGUUUUCAAUAUUAACAAAGUAGUGUUGGGUGCAGUCGGUAAGAUAAACGGUGCUCCCAAACUUGGCCUAGGUUGGAAAGAGGUCAGCAUUGGCUUAGAAAAUGCCAAAGCCAGUGCCAACGCAGCUGCGGAGACAUUAGCAUCUAUUAAAAAAACAACUUCUUAUUAUGAUCAAGCUUAUAUGAAUAUAGCCAAAGUUGCAGCAGAAGCAUCCGCUAAGGCAUUAGCCAUCACCAAGAUGGCACUAGAAACCCAGAAAAUCGCGGAAGCUAAGGGUGAAGCGGCUUCUCAAGCUCUUGCCAAAGCAACUGUAUCAUCCAGAAGAGCCGAGGCGGCAGCCGCAGCUACAAAAGAUGCGGUCGAUCGUACUAUAGAGAAUGUAAAAGCGGCCAAUUCUGCGCAGACCUAUGCUAAUGGACAAGCUGAAAACGCCAAUCGCAAUGCAGCUGCUAUGUUAGCGACGUUGAUUCACAUGGAAGAAUCUGCGGCAAUGAAUAAUAAGGCUGCGACAGCGAGCACUGCCUCAGCUGCGGCUGCAUCUGCUCUUCACGCCAAGGCUAAUGCAGUCUUACAAACAGACGUCAAUGCCGCUAGCAUGGCGGCAAUGAGUGCUGAAGAAGCAGGAGCAGCACAGGCUUCCGCUUUGCGCAGCCAGCAAUUGGCAGCUGCUAUACUAGAAAAGGCCAGCGCCGAUCAACAGGCGGCUUCUGCUAAAGCUGACUAUGAUGCAUCUACUACUGAGGCUAGAGCUGCUGCUCAAGCAUCAGCUAUCAAUGCUCUUAGAGAUGGAAUAGUCGUUGGAUUGGGAAAUGACAAUGGCGCAUCGGCUCAAGAGAUUGCUCAGGCUAUCGCUCUUGCUCGCGCAGGACACAAUGAAUACAAGGGACACAAGGGACACAACGAAUACAAGGGACACAAGGGACACAAGGGAUAUGAAGGACAUAAAAUGUUUGUGAAGAAGGGCAUGUAUUUACAUGGGAUCGAAGAAGCCUCUGCUGAAGCUUCCGCUAGUGCCAGCGCCGAAGCAUCUUCGAGAAUAAUGAAGAAAAAAUGGUAGAAAAAGAGAUAGAGAAAACAGAAUCAACAAUUUUUUAGUCACUAAAGCGGAACAGACAAAUUUCGAGUAAUCAACAUUGUAUGUUACGUUGCAAUUACAUCGACAAGAAUAAAAAUUAACAAAAAGAUUGACGAAAUGUGUGCUACCAAGGGUAUUAAUAAAAAUUAAUUAUCUUAUCAGAUAUCUUGACUUGUUUUAACAGAAACCAUGCAUAUUAAAAUAAAUGUACAUUAACACAUAUUAAAAUAGACGUACAUUGUAUACAAAUAUACUUUUAACCUUUUGAAUACUGAAUAUUCCCGGCCGAAACGCUCUGUGUGAACGGUACGCUGUUCGCAGUUGCGAUUGCUGAGGACGGAAUACUUUUCCGCAUAAUAUGGACUCUGUUGAUUGAUUAUACAAAACGCAACUAAGUAAUAAUUGUAAUUCUUCAGUGCCAAAUUAAAUAAUGCAAG